UUUUAAACACAGAAAAUUAUUUUCUGUAAGGCAUAUCAACACUUUAUUGUCAUGUUGUUGUCAUUUAGCCUAAAAAAAAUAGUGUUUCACGUUAUUAAAUGAUAUUUUCUCAAGAUAAAUAUUUACAGUAAGCAUACAUGAACUCCUUGUGCCAUUUGAUAAUAACCAGAAUCAGCUUUGUUGGCCAAGUACUUUAAAGUAUCAAAAGUAAAAGUAUUAAUAAUACUCAAGUAGUAUAAUGGCCCCCUGUCAGAGGGUUCUGUAUAUUAUUAGAUGAAUAUUACUCAUGCAUUACUGUCAACCUGCUGUAACUGGUAUGUGAAUCUAAUUUUAGAAAGUUCAGUUAGUUAUACAUGUUGUUUGUAAAAUCUUCAUCUUCAAAAUCAAUUAAUUGUCAAAUACAUGUAGUGGAGUAUGAAAUAGGGGAGAAAAAUGGAGAUAAUCUGUUACAAACUAAGCUAUUACUACAGCCCGGCCUACUACUUAUAUGAUAAAUGCUCGUUUCCUUGACAAAAGCUCUAAUCUGUCGAAGUGAACACACAAACAAAAGGUAUGUUACACUAAACGCUCUCAGGGUUAUAAAGGCUGAACGCUUCAGCUGAUGCAGUGUCGCCCUCCAGCACAGAGGGGGUGUUGCCUCCAAGUGGCCAUAUUGAAAGCACUGCGAGUCUGUCCGUGUGUUAACGUGGAGAGAGCAGGUCUGGAUGAAGACAGAUAAUUCCUGCGCGCAGCCACUUCUGACGAUGGCGGCCAAUGAUGUAGACGUUUUCGCACACAAAGAAAAGCGAAACCUGGAGCUCGGAGGUCAUGUGGGGUUUGACAGUCUUCCAGAUCAGUUGGUCAGUAAAUCAGUCGCACAGGGAUUCUGCUUCAACAUCCUCUGCGUAGGUGAGACAGGGAUAGGCAAGUCGACAUUAAUGAACACUCUUUUCAAUACCACAUUUGAAAAUGAGGAAGCCAGCCACUAUCAGACUGAGGUACAGCUACGCCCACAAACCUAUGAUCUGCAGGAGAGCAACGUCAACCUCAAGCUGACCACUGUGCACACUGUCGGGUUUGGAGACCAGAUCAACAAAGAACAAAGCUAUAAACCCAUUCUUGAGUAUAUUGAUACCCAGUUUGAAAGGUAUCUUGAGGAGGAGCUAAAAAUAAAACGUUCCUUAUUUAACUGCCAUGACACAAGAAUCCACAUCUGCCUGUAUUUCAUCGCUCCCACCGGACACUCCCUGAAGUCUCUUGAUCUCGUCACAAUGAAGAAACUAGACAGCAAGGUGAACAUCAUCCCAGUUAUUGCAAAGGCAGACACGGUUUCCAAGAGCGAACUGGACAAAUUGAAGAUCAAGAUUAUGAGUGAGCUGGUCAGUAAUGGAGUACAGAUUUAUCAGUUCCCCACGGAGGAUGAAGCUGUUGCAGAGCUAAACAACUCCAUGAAUACUCAUCUUCCCUUUGCUGUGGUUGGGAGUUUAGAAGACGUUAAAGUGGGAAACAAGAUGGUGAAAGCAAGGCUGUACCCCUGGGGAUCAGUACAGGUGGAGAAUGAAAACCACUGUGAUUUUGUGAAGCUGAGGGAGAUGCUGCUGCGUGUGAACAUGGAGGAUCUCCGGGAGCAAACACACGCUCGACACUACGAGCUCUACCGUCGCUGCAAGCUAGAAGAGAUGGGCUUCAAGGACACAGACCCGGACAGCCAGUCGUUCAGCCUUCAGGACACAUACGAAGCCAAGAGGAAGGAGUUCCUCGUGGAUCUGCAGCACAAAGAGGAAGAAAUGAGACAGAUGUUUGUCAACAAAGUGAAGGAGACAGAAGCUGAGCUGAAAGAAAAGGAGAAAGAGCUUCAUGAGAGGUUUGAGCAGCUCAAGCGGAUGCACCAGGAAGAAAGGAAGAAUCUGGAGGAGAAAAGACAAGAACUGGAGGAGGAAAUGAACGCCUUCAACAGAAGAAAGGUUGCAGCUGAGACGCUGAUGGGACAGGCUCUCCAAGGCUGCUCACAACCAUUCAAGAAGGACAAAGACAAGAAGAAUUGAUUUAUGGAUCAAACAUCCAGGGAACCUGGAAUGUGUCUGCCAUCCGCAUUGGAAGAGAGAGAGAGUGAGAGAGUCAGUCAGUAAUGUCAUAUCUGACAUUACUGACUGACUCGUAUGUCAGCCUGAAAUAUGUGAUGGCUAUAAGCCACUGUAUAUUCAUGGAUCAAUAAUGUAGCUUUGCUCAGUGUGUUUAAUGUGUCCCUAAUGCUGACUCUGCUAGACACACAAUCCAUGGAGUGUUUUCAUAACAUGUAGCUUGUGUUGUUUUAUGUUCUUGCCAUGAAUGUGUAGGGUUUUUAGCACUGCAUUUCUAAUAAUGUACAUAUGAUCAUUGAUACUUGUUCUUUUUAAUUGUUGGUAGUUUGAGAUAGUAGAAGAUAAUUGAAUUGUCGAACCCCACUCUAUGCAAAGUUAGAAAGAAAAUAAUGGAAUUAAUUUACAGUGAGUCUGAAAAUGAGCAAAUAUGUUGCCAUUAUUUAUAUUCAAAUAAAUAAUGUCAAUGGAAAACCAAACACGGCAUCAGUUCAUGUGUUUUGUCAGCUGAACCUUUCCUCUUAAACUCUCUCAAUUCUCUGUGACUUCCCGUCACGUCAGUCAUUUGUAUGAUACAAAGCAUUUCAUAUUUCACUUAUCACCGAAACAUGGUUUUCUGAUUUUGUGUUUCUGUAAAAGCAUUAUCCAUUUAAUUCAAGUUUCAGUUGUGAUUUUGCCUUCCCUCAGUGGAAGCAAACGGGACAAAUAACAAACUGCUCACGAAACCUAAUUACCAUUUGUACUAAACUUCAAUAUUUCUCAUCUUGUCGAGGUUUGUCUAAUGACUUUGUCUGGAUGAAUAACAUGGUUUUUCUUUCCUUUUCAUAGCUUCUUUAGUCUUCCAUCUGCGUGCUCCUUAACCUCAGGAAGGAAUUUGAAUUAGAAGACUUUCUACAACAUCAAAAGAUCACAGAUUAGCAAUCAAGUGUAUUAUUUUUACAAUGUGAAAUAACAAUUUUAUAGAAAUGCACUUAACAUCCCUGGAAGUUAUUCAGCCUGAAGUCUUCCAUGUCUACUAACCUCUCCUUUAAGUGUAGCAUGGUCUCUGCAUGGCUCCUAACCUUCAUUCCUAAAAAUAUUGAAAGAUCAUUGCCAAAACCUCAGUUUUUGUACUAAAUGUGCAAACUUCAUUUAUCCGCCAUGUUAUGCUUGUAGUUUUCGACUGAUGACGAUUUACACUGUGACAUAUAUAUUACAAAGUGACAUGAUAUUGCUGUUAAAUGUUGUACGGAUUAUACAUUAUAUUAUGAUUUAUAAGCACUUUAAAUCAGUCAUGAUACAAAUAUUUCCUUAUAUUUAAUAAUUUCAAAAGGUGUCUUAUCAUGCAAACAUGUCAACCCAUAGGUUGUGUCAAAAAUAUCUACUUAGAAGUAUUUCAUUCAGCCUGGAUGUAUAUAAAUUCAGGAUUAAAUCUCUUCAUGUCAGUAUAUCUAUAUGGUGGGUCUGUGUGGGAGCACUUGCAGAUUUGUAUAUCCUGAUGUAAUAAAUACUUUUGAAAACGUG